AUGAGAUGCCGAAUGCGGAAGCAAUUAUUUAUACAGCGAAAUAAGGUUUGUGAUCUGUCGCUGAUUUUGGGCAUUGCUGGUUUACUCUUCGUCAUUAUCGACGCCGAACUCACAGCACUUUCACCAAAUACUCAUAUUACAAAGGGUCACAAUGUGUCGUUAUUCUUACGCUCCUUAGCCGUGCUCACAACAAUUUGCCUCAUGUGUUGUCUCAUCAAUUACCAUGCCAUAGAAGCUCUGGCUCUAUUCGAUGGCCGUUUAUCAACCCAGAAACUCGUCAUGUCAAAAUGGUUGACGUACCCAUUGAUGUACUGCUAUCCGUUCCCAUGUUUCUACGAUCCUACCUGCUCUGUCGGUUCAUGGUCCUACACAGCAAGCAGUUCCAGGUAG